UGGCAUGCUUUCUUGACUUACACCGGAGCAUUGAGCGGUUUACCGGCAGAUGACCGCCUUAUUUGUCCUGUUUUGUGAACUACAGAGCCACACACGCUCUAUGAGACCGUGUCGCUUCACACUGUGCAUUAGUAUUUUUGUUUGUUUUAGAUUUUGCAUAAAACAGUAAAGAGAGAAUGGAAGGGAAGUUGACAGGAUCAGAAAAAUGCCAACAUCACGAAUCAGGGUCGCCGUCCUUGUCAGAAAAGAAAGAAAAAGAGCUCAUUAAAGAUCACCAAUCCGAUAGAGACCCUAACUGUGGAACCGCUGUGGCACGUGCACGAUGGACUCUUCUGCGACAGGUGUUGAGGCAGAAGCAGCUGGACACCGCAGACUCCGAGGUCAAGCAGGUGUCUGUCCGGAGAUUCUCCUCUUUCAGCCUGUUCAACAGACAUAGGGUCACUCAGUCAGAGCCAGGUGACCCCUCUGAAGUCCAGUGGGUGGAAUACACAAGUGCCUCCUUUCCAGAGUUUAGUGCCUUUCUCAGAGAUAACCUAGGUCCCAUAAGGGUGGAUGAGGUGCUCAGCAGUUUUGACAAUACCGGAAAUGUCUGUGUGUGGCCUUCUGAAGAGGUAAUGGCCCACUACUGCCUAAAGAAACGCCACAUGUUCAGGGGUGCGGUGUGUGAGCUAGGAGGAGGGAUGACCUGUCUUGCGGGGCUCAUGAUUGCCAUUUGUGCUGACGUGAAGGAAGUUCUGCUAUCAGAUGGGAACGAGAAGGCCAUUCACAAUGUGCGUGGAGUCAUCGAGAGGAACAGAGAGGCGGGGGUCUUCGGUGUCACAGACGUGUCAAGCAGAGUGGUCAGGUGGGACAGUGCAACUGAUGUCACAGCGCUGGAAGGACACUUUGACAUCGUCAUGUGCGCCGACUGCUUGUUUCUGGACCAAUACAGAGGCAGCCUAGUUGAUGCAAUAAGGAGAUUACUACGACCAGACGGUACGGCCCUGGUGUUUGCCCCCACUAGGGGAGACACUCUCGGAGAGUUCUGUCACCUGGCCGAGGGGGCGGGGCUCCAUGUCCGCCGCUAUGAGAAGUAUGAUGAACAGGUGUGGGAUUUUCACUUAAAGAUGCAGAGUGAAGGGAAGGAGGUGUAUGACGAAAACAUCCACUACCCUCUCCUCGUCACCCUGACAAGAGGAGCCAGUCCCACCCACCUCCACCUUCUCUGAGAUCUAGCUCCACAUCCAUGGCUCCCCAGCCUCAUGUCAAUCAGACACAUCGGGGAGCAGCUUGUGUCCUGACCCUCCUGCCAACCAGUACUUGUCACUGUGUCACUAACGGAAGUAUAGGUCAGGGUUGAUGGUAUCAAACUUGGGGGAGAGUGUUUGAUCUGUUUCCUUUAUAUGUAUUUCCACUGUUAUAUUCACUUCAACUGUAGUGAGUUUCGCCAUUACAUUGCAGAAUAGUUUUUUGUGCGUGUUUUUCCCCCCUCUCUUUUUACAUUUUGUGGCAGUUUUUAAGAGUGCGCGUGCAUCUAAACUAGCCUUGUUGUGUUGGGCCGAAUCUGCCUCUGUGAUCACGUGCGACCCUGUUACUGUGCAACACAAACUGUGCAACGUUUAAAACCGAACAGUGGAGAUUUCAGGUUUCCCUCGCGGCAAACUGUCAACUCGGAUAGGGCUUUAGAAAUUAAUAGAAGAAUCACUAGAUAAUGUUCUGACACGUUAACUGAGCAGUUUGCCAGCAAUGUGAAUGGACAGUAUCGUUCACUAAAAAUAUACAUUUUACAUUUUUAUCGAGUAAUGGGGCUUUAGGCCAAUUUGAUCCAUGCCCAAAACCCAGCUGUACUAAAGCACAUCUAACUGAACUGUUCUUCAGAUUUGCCAUUGAUGUCCUGCACAUAUGUCUCAUACCAAAGGUUCCACGUCAGGGUUCCUGAGAGUUGAAUGUUGUUUUGUGGUUCACUGUGAAAGUGCUUUCCAGGUAAUACCUCCCAGGGGUGAGUUUCCUAAAUCUUUGUAGCAUCAUUAAUGUUUCCCCAAGCAUUGCCUACAAUAUCUCCGGUGUUCUUUUAUUUUUUCAAGGCAAAUUUGACCCAAAAUCUAAUUUUCACAUUUUCCUACUAAUUCCGCCAUGCAUGUGGCCUCAAAUCUCAUAAUUUUAUCAUAAUAGCUUUGUCACAAACUGUGUCCUUUACUUUAUAGUCUUGACUGUAUGAGACUAAACCUGAAGGCAUUUUCUCAAGCCAAGUCAUUUGUAGUAAGACCUUGAUAUAUUUUUUAUGCUUCCAGAUUGACUAGAUGCAGUAUAAAAUUAGCUUGUUAGCUAAGAUUUUGAGACCACCAGAUUUCUGUACACUAACAUUAGAUAGCAUUUCUAGCUAUUUCUGACUAACUUUGCUAAUGGCUGCAAAGGAAAACAAUUAAAUUUAAUAUAUUUAUUUCCUAACCUAUAUAGUCUAAUUCAGGAAAGAAAACAGUAUUUAGUCCAGAGUCUACUUAGAAGGUUCAUAACAAUGUGAAAUUGAUUGUCCCUGUCAGUUAGCUCACCAGCUGGACUACCUUUUUACAAAACUGUCAUCCUGGUUCU